AUGUAUUUCAUUAACAGGCCUCUCUGGGUAAGUAGAGAUUCUUAGUCCCAACCUUUUUUUUGCCUACCUUGUCCUCACCCCAUGGUUAUAUAACCUUUAGAAUGGAAUUUAGAAAUUCCUCUGACCCUGCCCUGCUUGUGGAUAGAGCUGAGCCAGUGGCUGGCAGGGUCAUAAUCUAAUAUGUGAAACUGGAAACACACAAACUCACAGUCCUCUUGUCUCAGCCCAGAGACUGUGCAGGCAAAAUAAGAAGAAUUGCCCCUGUUUCCCUCCUCCCCUCCUCUGGCUAAGUUUACGCUGACUUCACCCAACAGGCACCUGACCCUCCCAGAUGAGCUGGGAGGGGCUAAAGCCCCAUGCACAGCCACGGUGGGGGUGGAGGUGCAGGCAGCACACAAUAUUUAAGAUGCUGGCUUUUUAGAGUGUUCAGGCUUGGGAAGAAAACUUCAGGAUACCCAUUAAGCUUCACUUUCAGAAACUCAAGUUUUGAGAAAAGCUAAGCAAGAACAAGAGAAAAAAAGAAAGUGACUAAGUGGUGAGACCAUCUAGAGUGAAAGUGUAAGUUCCUAGUUCGCUGCAGCUUUGCAUAACUCAGCUGGGCAUAUCCAGAUAUUUCCCCAAAGGAAGACCCUUCCUGACGCAGGCCCACGAAAGAUGCUGAAAAAGAAUCUCUCGGCUGUCACUUGGCUCUGCAUUUUCAUCGUGGCCUUUGUCAGCCACCCCGUGUGGCUGCAGAAGCCCCCUAAGCGCAAGACCCCUGCACAGCUCAAAGUGGCUGCCUGCUGUGAGGAGGUGAAGGAACUCAAGGCCCACAUGGCCAACCUGAGCAGUCUGGUGAGCGAACUGAGCAAGAAGCAGGAGAAGGACUGGGUCAGCGUGGUCAUGCAGGUGAUGGAGCUGGAGAGCAACACCAAACGUAUGGAGUCGCGGCUCACAGACGCUGAGAGCAAGUACUCUGAAAUGAACAACCAGAUUGACAUUAUGCAGCUGCAGGCAGCGCAGACUGUCACGCAGACCUCGGCAGAUGCGAUCUAUGACUGCUCAUCCCUCUACCAGAAGAACUACCGCAUCUCUGGGGUAUACAAGCUACCCUCUGACGACUUCCUGGGCAGCCCUGAGCUGGAGGUAUUCUGUGACAUGGAGACUCUAGGCGGAGGCUGGACCAUCAUCCAGAGACGAAAGAGUGGCCUUGUCUCUUUCUACCGAGACUGGAAGCAGUACAAGCAGGGCUUUGGCAGCAUCCGUGGGGACUUCUGGCUAGGGAAUGAACACAUCCACCGCCUUACCCAACAGCCUACCCGGCUCCGUGUAGAGAUGGAGGACUGGGAGGGCAACGCGUUCCAUGCUGAAUAUAGCCACUUUGUUCUGGGCAAUGAACUGAACAGCUAUCGCCUCUACCUGGGGAACUUCAGUGGCAGCGUGAGCAAUGACGCCCUCUACUAUCAUAACAACACAGCCUUCAGCACCAAGGAUAAGGACAAUGACAACUGCUUGGACCAAUGUGCAGAGCUCCGCAAAGGUGGAUACUGGUACAACUGCUGCACAGAUUCCAACCUCAAUGGGGUCUACUACCGCCUGGGUGAGCACAGAAACCACUUGGAUGGCAUAACCUGGUAUGGCUGGCAUGGCUCCACCUACUCUCUCAAACGGGUGGAGAUGAAGAUCCGUCCAGAAGACUUCAAGUCCUAAAAAGAGGCUGCUGUGGAAUAGGCUAUAGAGGUGAAGACAAACAGAGACUGGCAAGGACAGAGAAGGAUAGGAAAAGAAUGCAGAAAGGGUAGGAAUGGGAAAUGGCCGAUAAUAGCUAAUGGGGGAGCAAGUCCUUGAGAAGCUCAAUAAAAUCACAUGUUCCAAGGCUGUUUCAGCAAAUAGGAUGAAGUAUUUAACCAAAUGGCCCUGCCAUACACUUCUCAGGGGCAGGACUGAGGGGGCUGUCUCUGCCUGUGAUCCCCUGAUACAGCAGCAACUUGUCUUUUCCACAUUGAUUUUUCUAUGAAAAAACAGUAAUUGAGAGAUUGCUUUACCCAUUUUUCUCUAAGGCUUAAGUUACACAAGAAAAAAACAUAUUAUCUCAAGUCUUAAAGGAGAGGCCUGAAGAAAGGAGUGAAAGAGGAUGGAAGAGAAGAAUUUCUAUUUUAAAUCCAACAAAAGAUCUUCAAUUUACAUUAAAACACACAUACACAUAAAUUGUUCAGCUGGAGGUAAGCUGACCCAGGCUGGACUUGCUUGGAGGGAACACCAGGGCACUGGGCCUUGCAAUCAGACUCUUAGUACCUUCCCUGCUUGUCUCCAGCAUGGUACAGCACCACAAGGCAGGAAGUGGGUCUGCAGGUGACAGGGAGUUCCAGCUGGAGGUGGGUAUGGUCCCUCAUGGACACCUGCACAAAAAUGCCUUAAAUAUUCCAUACAGAUAUACCUAUUUUUAUUUACUUCACAAGAAAUGGGCUCAAAGAGCUUCCUUUUUUAUCUCGUCUAUAAAAAAAUGGAUGAAAAAAUGAAGAUAGAUGGAGCUCUGGGUAAUAACUUAUGCUCUAUGUAAGCAUCUUGCUUUGUAAAAAUAAAAUAUUGUAGUUUGUGUUUUAAACAUUCAAAGUUUCUUUUC